AAACCCUAAAAUCGCUUCCAUGGCAGACUUGAACAGCUACAAGGGAAAAUUCGCAGAAGCUCUUCUUAAUCCGGAGCAUUCUCGUUUCUUACCUACACUCGUUGCCUCAGCUAUUGCUAAGGAGCUUGAGAUGACCGUUUCGGAACUUAAGAUGCUCAAUCUCCAUGCGAUUGUUGGUCACGAGUUAGGAUCUGAGUUCUUCAAGAAUCUAUCUUUCAGAUUGAGUGAAAUGGAGAAGAACAAGGAUCUUAGUGGUGAGAAUCUGUCUCUCCAGCUACGUCUUGUGAUCAAUCCGCAGAGAAUGAAGUCAAUGAUCAUUGAUUCUCCAACUUUUGGUGUGGAAUCAUUAUUCACAUCACUACAAUUCUUUGAAUACAUGAAGUCGGAACUUGCUAUGGCUUUGAAGAAUGAUGGUUGCUUGCUAGACAUUUUUUCUCAAUCCUCCAAAAUUGCUCCAUUUGUUCAAAACCUUGUUCAUGUGUUUAACUUCGAUGAGCUUGAGCCAUUACUAGGCAUAAUAGCAACCCAUCUCCUUGAUCUUGCAAAUAAGGGUAACGGAUUGAGCAAUUUGAGGAUGUUCUUGAAGCUUGGAAGCUCUCCAAUUGUGCUUCCGAUAGCCUCCCACAAACCAGAGGUUGAGGCAAUGUUGGUCCAAAAGAUUUCCGGUUUAUUUUUCCAUUUUGCCACACACAAGUAUGCGAAUCAUCUCGUACAAUCUGCUGAUGAUUCUGGAACUGACUCUACCGCCUCAUUCGUGAUGGAUAGCCUCUCUGGUGAUUUUAGAAUCUUGAUGGAUCAUUGCUAUGGUAACUAUGUCCUCCAAUCUAUCAUCUCAAGGUCUGCUUCUAUUGAUCUUCCAUUGUUCUACUGCCUUUUUUCGAAGAUUAAAAAGCGUCGGGUUAAACCGGAGGCUAAUGUCUGGGGUAGGGAAGUUACUACAACCAUGAAGAAGACUCUUCGAUCCAAAGGUUUAUCUCUCUCUUUUUGAGGAGCAUCUAAGAUGUUUUGGUCGGCUUCAAACAGUUGCAGCUUAGUGAAACCAUUGUCUUGUAGCAUCUUCACUACUUUCUCAGGUGACUCAGCCAUCCCCAGUUCACUCCUAUAGU